GUGACUUUCUCAUCCAGUUGUAAAUGUAAACAAACAUGGUCUCGCGUCUCCAGUAUUUCAGAUUUUCAGGUGUUUGUUCUCUACCUCUCUCAUCGUCUGAUAGACUUGCACGACCAUGCAGCCAAAAUCAGUUAAGAUGUGCUGCAACCCUGAGUCAACAGUCUGUUAUCCAGAUACCUCAACACAUGGUAGAAAAAAUGAGUCAAGCAAAACUAAAACAGAAAAAGAUUGACCGACAGCAAUUCUUGCAAAAGUCACGGGAAGGCAACAGAUCUAUUCCAAUCAUCAACUGUAAAAGAAAGCAGUUUAACCACUACCUUGGUCAGUCAUACAACAAGUUUGAGGAGGUCCCACUUGCUUCAAAGGGAUGGCUGCAUCGCAAGUCUGCUGGUGAUUAUUUCAUUAUACAUGGGUAUGGUAAGAAUCCAGCCUUCACCCCUCUUCAAGAAGGUCUUCAAGAGGACUUUGACUCCCUAGGCCUCAGCCAGGAACUCUUGACCAGAAUAUGGAACUUAGGAUAUAAGGCACCAACAAAUAUUCAGACACUGGCAAUUCCACAAGUGCUGGAGGGAAAAAACACUUUGAUUGCAGCAGAAACAGGAAAUGGAAAGACACUGGCCUUUGUUGCUCCGAUGUUAGAGCAGAUUGCUCAGCGCAAGAAGGCAUUCAGAAACAACUAUCCAGCGAAUUCUCCUUUGGGGCUUAUAGUGGCACCAGGUCGUGAGCUUGCCGAGCAGAUUCAGAUGAUUGCUUCAUCCCUUGCAGAAGGUCUCGGGGUUAAUGUGGAGUUAGUAAAAGGUGGGAGGACGAAGAAAAUGAUGCUCAAUCCUACGCUGACAGAACCUCAUCUGCUUGUGGCAACCAUAGGAGCUCUGUCGAAAUUGACCACAACCGGGUUAUAUGAUAUGAGUCUUGUGAGACACAUAACUCUUGAUGAAGCAGACUCCCUCUUAGAUGACUCCUUUAAUGACAAUGUCAUUCGAUAUCUCUCCAAGUUUCCAAUUCAAGGGUGUAGUAAUACUGAAGAGCCUGAGCCACUAGUAAUGUCAGGCGUGCAGCUCACUCUAGUCUCAGCUACAACACCCCGUAGUUUACAUACUAUUCUUAAUCCCAUAGUUGAUAUUGAUUCUGUGGUACGAAUCUCAACCCCAUACCUCCAUCACAUCAUGCCCCACAUUCCCCAAAAGUUUAUAAGAGUCAGCCAUCAGAAAAAAGCAGAGAAACUCCUGGAACUAGCAAAGAAUGAUGCAAAAAAGGGAAUUCCAUUUAUAGUCUUCAGUAAUUCCGCAAAAGCCUCAGAUUGGGCCUCCCUCUAUCUGAAUGAGAACAAUAUCCCGUGUGUCAACCUGAAUGGCAACAUGGCCGCUGCGGUUCGCGAUGGCCGUUUCGAAGCUUUCCAGUCUGGUCAAGCGCUGGGCCUCUCAUGCACCGAUCUCACAUCCCGUGGCUUAGAUACCGUGAGGGCUGGCCACAUCAUCAAUUUUGAGUUCCCAAAAUUUAUGUCAGACUACAUUCAUCGAUGCGGUCGAACAGGCAGGGUUGGGAGUCAUCUGACUGGGCAGGUUACUAGCUUUGUCCACCGUCCUCAAGAAGUCGAACUGCUUCAAAAAAUUGAGUACGCUGCAAGAAAACGAGAAGAUCUGCCCAAUGUCAAUGCUAAUAUCAAAAGAAUCAUUCUCAGCAAGGUUGUAAAAGACAAUCAAAUUGUAUGAAAAUUAUCAAAGGGAAGUCUUAGAUUGAUAUUUAAGUAGACUUUUGAGGACAUGGAGAGGAAAAGUGUUAUAUAUUCAUUCAGAAUAUAGAAGUCAUACCUGAUUAAACUCAGAACAUAAUAUUUUUUGUGCGAGUAAGCAUUUGUAAAUAGUUUGUUCAUACUUGUAUAUGAUUAUUAAAAUUUUCUCUAUUCA